AAACAACAAAUUCUCCCAAUAAUAUGCCUAAAAAAAUCCUCAUACAGUAGAAAUUUUUGUUUUUUUUUUAUUUUUUUACUUUUUUAUUAUUUUGUAGGUGGUGUGAAAUUAGAAUCUCUAUGUCCACACUCGACACAUGUUGUAGGAGAUAAAAUCCUUGCGCCCGCCCAAAAAAAUAAGAAGAAAAAAUCCUCGCAAAAACCAUAAAUAUCCCCGAACCUAAACGGCCAAAAACCACACAACAAUCUCAAAGUGAAAAAAUCAGCAAUUGACUAAAUCAUCUACCAAAAAAGAUGGGAGUAGUGAUAAUCGACGGAACAACCGUAAGAUCUUUCGUAGAAAACGAAGCUCAAUUCAACGAAAGCAUCAACAAUACAUUCGCAACCUUCGACCUUAACGGAGAUGGCACGCUAUCGCGCGGCGAACUUCGCAAGGCUUUCGAGUCGAUGCGACUAAUCGAAACCCAUUUCGGGGUCGAUGUCGCCCGCCCAACCCCUGCGCAACUCACGGUUCUGUAUGACUCUAUAUUUGAUGGCUUCGACCUCGAUCACAACGGCACGGUUGAUAUCGAGGAGUUUAGGAUUGAAAUGAAGAAAAUAAUGCUUGCUAUUGCGGAUGGUUUGGGUGAGGCACCUAUACAAAUGGCGCUUGAAGAUGAUGGGACUGAGAAUUGGCUUCAGAAAGCAGCUGAUCUUGAGGCUUCGAAAGUGGGGGAAGAUCGAAAGUCGACUUAGAGUAGUGGGUUUUGGUUGUUGGGUGAUGGGAUCAUGGGAAUAAUUAUGUUUUGUGCGGUACACGUAAGGUGUUUGUGUUUAUGUAUCAAUGAGUAAGAUGGUUUUUCUAGAAUGUUUCUGUUUAUAUGAAUGAGUUUAUGAGUGAGAUGGUUUUCUAGAAUGUUUUGUUUUAAUAUGACAAUCCCAGUUUCCUGUUUUGUGCA